AUGGCUCGAUCACGGAGCACAUUGGCGUUAGGCCUCGGACUCCUUUGUUGGAUCACCCUCCUGUUUUCGCCCCUGGCUUUUGUCAAGACUGUUCAGGCUGAUGAUGCGGAUAACUAUGGCACUGUCAUCGGUAUCGACUUGGGUACAACGUAUAGCUGUGUCGGUGUGAUGCAGAAGGGCAAAGUCGAAAUUCUCGUCAACGACCAGGGCAACCGAAUUACGCCUUCAUACGUCGCCUUUACUGACGAGGAGCGCCUGGUUGGGGAUUCAGCCAAGAAUCAGGCCGCCGCCAACCCCGAACGAACCAUUUUCGAUAUCAAGCGUCUGAUUGGCCGAAAGUUCAACGAGAAGGAUGUCCAGAACGAUGUCAAGAACUUUCCCUACACCGUGGCUUCCAAAGAUGGCAAGCCUGUCGUCAGGGUCAAUGUGAAUGGUUCCGACAAGACUUUCACUCCCGAGGAAGUGUCGGCCAUGGUUUUGGGCAAGAUGAAGGAGGUUGCUGAGUCAUACCUCGGCAAGAAGGUCACCCAUGCUGUUGUUACUGUCCCGGCCUACUUUAAUGACAACCAACGUCAGGCCACCAAGGAUGCUGGUGUCAUCGCCGGUCUUAACGUGCUCCGAAUCGUGAAUGAGCCCACCGCCGCUGCCAUUGCCUACGGUCUGGACAAGACCGAGGGAGAGCGACAGAUCAUUGUCUACGACCUCGGUGGUGGCACUUUCGAUGUUUCCCUUCUCUCCAUCGAUCAGGGCGUCUUUGAAGUGCUGGCCACUGCCGGCGAUACCCAUCUUGGUGGCGAGGAUUUCGAUCAGCGCAUCAUCAAUCACUUCGCCAAGUCGUACAACAAGAAGCACAACGUGGACAUUACCAAGGAUCUCAAGGCUAUGGGUAAGCUCAAGCGCGAAGCUGAGAAGGCCAAGCGUACUCUGUCUUCUCAGAUGAGCACUCGCAUCGAGAUUGAAGCCUUCUUUGAAGGCAAGGAUUUCUCCGAGACCCUGACUCGCGCCAAGUUUGAGGAGCUCAACAUGGAUCUUUUCAAGAAGACUCUGAAGCCUGUCGAGCAGGUACUCAAGGAUGCCAAUGUCAAGAAGACGGAAGUGGACGACAUUGUCCUCGUCGGCGGUUCUACUCGUAUCCCCAAGGUGCAGGCUCUCAUCGAAGAGUACUUUGGUGGGAAGAAGGCAUCCAAGGGUAUCAACCCUGACGAGGCUGUCGCUUUUGGUGCCGCUGUCCAGGCCGGUGUCCUCUCUGGCGAGGAAGGUACUGAGGAAAUCGUUCUCAUGGACGUCGCCGCUCUUACACUCGGUAUCGAGACCACGGGUGGGGUUAUGACCAAGCUCAUUCCUCGCAACACUCCCAUUCCUACCCGCAAGAGCCAGAUCUUCUCUACUGCCGCCGAUAAUCAGCCCGUGGUUCUGAUCCAGGUCUACGAGGGUGAACGGUCCCUCACCAAGGAUAACAACCUUCUCGGCAAGUUCGAGCUUACCGGCAUCCCCCCUGCCCCUCGAGGCGUCCCUCAGAUUGAGGUUUCUUUCGAGCUUGAUGCCAAUGGUAUCCUGAAAGUGUCUGCCCACGAUAAGGGUACAGGCAAGCAGGAGUCCAUCACCAUCACCAAUGAUAAGGGUCGUCUUACUCAGGAGGAAAUUGAUCGCAUGGUUGCCGAGGCCGAGAAGUACGCGGAGGAGGACAAGGCUACCCGAGAGCGCAUUGAGGCGCGUAACGGCCUCGAGAACUACGCUUUCAGCCUCAAGAACCAGGUCAAUGAUUCCGAGGGUCUCGGCGGCAAGAUUAGUGAGGAGGACAAGGAGACUAUUCUUGAAGCCGUCAAGGAAGCCACUGAAUGGCUCGACGAGAACGGAGCCGAGGCUUCGACCGAGGACUUUGAGGAGCAGAAGGAGAAGCUGUCCAACGUGGCGUACCCCAUCACGUCGAAGAUGUACGGUAGCGGUGAGGCUGGCGGCGAAAAGGCAGAGGAGGCUGAGUUCCACGAUGAACUGUAA